CGAUGGAUCGGAGACUUUUAACGGCUUUUCUCCUCUUCGCCGAUGUUUUCUGGAUCUCCACCGGAGAAUUCCACGAUGAGUGUCUGCUGGAGAAAUCGUACACAGACUGCGGCUUCAGUCAAGGGAAAGACGAUGACUUCGACUGGGAGCAAAUCAACAGCAGACAGAAGCCCUCCACAGACCCCUGGGUGCCCACUGGGUCAGCGUUCCUGAUGGCCAACACCUCAGGCCGUUUCUCGGGUCAGAAAGCUCAGCUGUUUCUGCCUCAGUUUAAGGAGAACGACACACACUGCGUGAUCUUCCAGCUGCUGAGCGCGGGCCGCGAGGGCUCCAGCCCGGGACAGAUGCUCAUAUACGUGAAGGAGAACAGCAGUCCGCUGGGCCAGCCCGUCUGGAACUACAGCGGACCCGCAAUGCACACCUGGCAGCAGGUGGAGCUCGCCGUCAGCACCUUCUGGCCAAACUUCUACCAGCUGGUGUUUGAGGUGGUGGCGUCAGGUGAUCGGGGUCUGCUGGCCGUCAAAGGAAUCUCUCGCCAGGGUCAUCAGUGCAUGGUAGUUUAUCAGGUGGUGGUUGAGGAGGAGCGUCCGCGCCGCUCACAGAGAGCCGCUGAGAUCCUGCGCUGUUACCCGAUUCCAGUCCACUUCCAGAAUGUGUCCGCCUUCAACUCUCCGUAUUACUUCAGUGCCGAGUUUCCAGCCGCACGCAUCCAGGCGCCGCUGCCGUUCACUGUAGGAGACAACCGCACGUAUGAGGGAUACUGGAACCUUCCGCUGCUGCCACACAAGAGCUACAGCGUCUACUAUCAGGCCGUCAGCACCGCCAACGGGGAAACCAAGAUUGACUGUGUCCGUGUGGCCACUAAAGCUGCCAUUAUUGUGACUCAACUCACCACGCCGUAUGUGCGUAUCGCACCCGCUGCCGGCGACAGCCAACUAACAGGUGCUGCAACCCGUAAACCGGACGCGGUGGAGCCAGAAAAGCAGACGGAUCAUACGGUGAAAAUUGCCGGUGUUAUCGCUGGGAUUUUACUCUUCGUCAUCAUUUUCCUCGGCGUGGUGCUGGUGAUGAAGAAAAUAGAUGAAAACCACACCAUGACCAGUGAAACCAGCAGUCUGGUCCAGUCCCACACACACUCCUAUAAGAAGCGAGAGGCGCUGGACGUCCCGUAUCAAACGGGUCAACUCCAUCCGGCCAUCAGGGUGGCAGAUCUGCUGCAGCACAUCACACAGAUGAAGUGUGCGGAGGGAUACGGCUUCAAGGAGGAGUACGAGGUGCGGAUAAAUACAUUUAUUCACUUACACACACAGUACGUCUGCAUAUGGGGGAAAUAGGAGU